GGACGUCUUCUUCAGCUCUGACUGCAGCUGGGACGGAAGUGGGGGGGAAGAAGUGCAAGAACGAUAUGUGCUUUUCACGUCAGAGUCUCCAAAAGUCUCCAGUAACUCAAGAAAAAGUUGUUAGGUUUGUCGCUAGUCGCGUUUUUUGUCGGCCAAUCAUCGUCCUGCUGCGCCUCGUGACGUGAGAUUAAAAUUCCCCGCGUGUAACUUUCACUUUCAGUUGACUGAAAGCGGAAGGUGGUGAGCAAUCACAUCGACGAUCCUGGAGAGAAAACACGGUAUAGACUUGUUUAUUUUACAUUGUGGUUAAAUACCUGGAGGCCAGUUUGACCAACAGAAGCUGCUACAGCCGGUGAGACGUUUACUACCCAGGUUUACUGAAGUCGUGUCAGUCCAAAGGUGAAGUCAUGUCAGAUUUACUGAGAAAAAUAGAAGACAUCAACAGGGAUGCAGCCCGUGAACUCGAGAAGCUCUCUGACUCGUCUAUCAAGUCACUGUCUCGAGACGACCUGCGUGACCUGUUUCCUGGAAAUGAUAAAUUCCAAAUGAGACGGUCCAUCUAUGAAAUAAUCCACAAACCGGAGCCCAUUGAUGCGGUCUUUAAAGAGCUGAAAGGAUUCGUCCCACAUGACUCUCUCUGCGCUGCUCAAAAAAAUGACAAGGUCUUGGAUUACCUCCGCAUGCUGAAGGAAAUUAAGGCCCAGGUGGAUAACAUCCAGGGUUUCUUUCAAGCUCACAUUGAAAACCUGGAAGAAUUAAACAAUGCUGAGCCACAAGAGAAACGUGACAAAGACCUCAUGUCAGGCGCAAGUUCUUCCAUACAAUCUGAUCCAAUGGAGUUGGAAGAUAACCAAACUGGUGGCCAAUCACAAAGAGCACAUGGCUUUUCAUCAAGGACAGGAUCCUCAGGCGCCAGUGGUCCAGUUGUGUCCAAAAGUGAUCGAGAUGGCUGCUAUUCACAAGGAACAAGAGGAUCCAGGCGUGGCUUCCCUCUCUCACCACAGCGAGUACAAGUGAUGUACAGGAGUGUUGUCAGCGGUAAAACCUUCAACGCUGAUCUACAGCUGAUGACCAAAGUGGAGCAGCAAUGUCAGGACGGGGUUCAGCUUGUUAAAACUACAUGUGAUCACAAGGUCACCGUCCUCUUCUGCCCAAUCAGUUCACGAGUCGGGGCAGAUGUUGAUGCAGCCAUGAGCGAUAUUGAAGAUGAUGACAAAGAUAUCAUUCUGGUGUUGAUGCACCACAUGCGCGAGCCCAAGCCCACAACCAAUAUAAGAACAUGGAAUGACUACAAACAAGUAGUGUUGUAUGUGCAUGUUUUCUAUCAUGAGACAAAUCAUGGAUUACUCACAUGCCAGCAAAAUAAUGAUGCUGUCCUAAAGAUACAGAGUGAAUUACUGAACUACAGUAUUCCAAGAUUUCAGGCUACCAGUGGAAAUGCCCAGGGUGUGGGAGAUGGAAUGGGGAGUACUGCUAAUAGAGGUGGUAACAACAGUAGUAGUGGUGGUGGUCGUAGUUCGUGGUUCUCUGGUUUAUUGUCUCGUUCAUAGACUAGGCAGUGUUGGUAUUAGAGGGGAUUGUGUAUUUCACAUCCCAAGUAGAACUAUAUGUAAUGGACAGCAUCAAAUGAAAAAACAAAACUGCAACAGUGGACUGAUUUAAACCUUUUUCCUUAUUGCAGAAAAUGCACAUUUAUUCUUCUUGGUAAAACUAAAUCAGCUGCUGAGACAAUCAGCAUUCAUGUCAGUCAUGGAUGUAAAUAGCUAAAUAGAGUUCUCUGUUGAAAUUUAAAUGCUACAUCAUGAAACUUGUGUUUUGGCUAUUUUUGGUGCAAAACCUCUGAAAUGUAAGUCAGACAUUGUCGAUCAUAGGGAUAAAAUGAGGUAUUUAGCAUUUAAGCUGUCAUUGAUUAUACGAUUAUAUGGGAAGUGUUAAAAGUGUGUUAAAAUUGAACCUUGUUUCAAUGAAAUGCUAAUGAAUCAAAUUUGUUAAGAGUGUAAAAUGAAUUGGUGCUUUGUAAUGAGUAUAAGGAAUACUAACAAGCAGUAACAUUGUUGUUUACACACAGCCUUGAUUGUUGUGCUGCUGUUUGAUCUUUAUAUAAUGUCUAACAUUUAAGUUUCUCUAUAUAAUAAGACUUGACUCCACAGAAGUUAUUUAUGAGUGGUAAGGAAUGAUCUUUGUGUAUAUAUUAAGAUAAAAUCACAAUUGCUGUAAAGCAGGAAUGUGCAUGUUAUACUUAAUUGUAAAAUCUUGUUGCAGAUAACAUAUAAGGUGUGAUUAUUAAUAUAUCUAAUACUUUCAAUAAACUGAAAAAAUGGGUGUAAUCA